CUGAUUCCUAUCCCACACCUUGUACGAAGCCUAUCCGUGAAUUUCUGGCGUUUGUUGUUGUCUAAACGAUAGCCUAUUGCGACAAGGCAGGGGAAAGGUUCUAUGGCGGAGGCUUUGAGAAUAUUACACACAUCCCGAUAUUACUAUCCAGAAAACACCAAGACCCUUUCCAAAGGAUAUAAUAUCGACAACAUGGGGACUUGCCCUCUGACGAGUGUACCCCAAUCUCCUACAACACCGAUUACGCCAGUGACAUCAGAGAGCGCUAAAUCUUCAUACGGGAAGAUCGAGCAAGACACUUUCACCACCGCGAGAAUGGCAAAACAGCUCCGUAGGUCGGCUAGAUUAGUCGUCUUGGGAAAGGCAACGGUUACGAGCGAUGACCAAGUACGAGAGAUGCGCGCUGAUCGUGACGGAGAGGGGACAGCGUCAGUCGAAAAGGGCCAAGGAAAAUUCAAUUGCAAACGAAAAGCCAAGGCAGCUGAGGCGGCGAUGGCACUGGUUACACCAACGAAAGAGGUCUUGACAAAAACGGUCAUUCCCUCAGACACAGACGAAGAUUCGAUUGACGCUUCGACGCUUAUGGACCGUAUGCCUUGGUUAUUCCAGCUGGAGCCAGGACCAACCUGGGUAGCUCCUAUAGCUAGAAUGUACUAAUCUCUCAAGACGGCGAAUCACAAGAGCAAUUUAUGCUUAGACAAGACUUGGGUGCACACGCGCAUAUGCAAAGUUACUGUUGAGAGAUACGCCAAAGAAAGUGAACUCUUGGAGAUGGGACGUGUGCGCUGAACGGAUGGAGAAGUUAGUGGAGCAGAUUCGUACAGCCACCGCAGACGUGCAUGUUUUUCAAGGUUGUGUUUUAUAAAUUAUACCGAGGCUCUUAUGCUACUAUGUAUAUUAGAAUCCUGACUGUUAU